UCCACUUUCUUUCUCUCAGUCACAGAAACACAUUCCCUCUCUCUCUCUCCCCGACGGAGUGCGAGUGGGAGCGAGCGGCGGCGGCAGCAGCAGCAGCCACGGCCCCUGUCGCCGUGUGGUGUGCGGGGGCCCCCCUCUCUCCGCUCCUCCCCUACCAUACCAGGCUACCACCCAAAACCACACAGAAAAGCAGGCGCACGAACACGCACACGCCAGGCCUGGGCACCACCACCACCACUGCCUUCCCUUGCCCCCGGCUCGCCCCAGGGCCCAGGCCAAGAAUCCCCACCCCCAAAUGCCUUCCUCCACCCCUUGCUACCGCCGCAGCUUCCUCUUCUUGGCCCUCCUCUCGGCGUGCUCCUCGGCGCCGGGGACGGUGGACGGCGCCGGGACAGCCGGCGGCGGCGGGGAUGCCGCGGCAAUGCAGGCGCUGCGGCGGGACCUGGCGCCGCCGGGCUGGGGCCCGGGCGCGGACCACUGCGCGUGGCGCGGCGUCACCUGCGCCGGCGGCGGCGGCGCGGUGACCGCGAUCGACCUGCCGCGCCGUGGGCUCCGGGGGGACUUCGCCGCCGCCGCCGAGCUCCGCGAGCUGGCACGCCUCGACCUCUCCGCCAACUCGCUCAGCGGCGGAGUCCCGCAGGCGCUCGGCGCGCUCACCCGCCUCGAGUUCCUCGACCUCUCGAUGAACGCGCUCGCCGGCGCCGUGCCGCCCGCGCUAGGCGGCGCGUCGAGGCUCCGGUUCCUGAACCUCUCCAACAACGCGCUGUCCGGCGCCAUCCCCGACGAGCUCAGGGGCCUCAAGGGGCUCCAGGAGCUGCAGAUAUCGGGCAACAACCUGACCGGCGCCCUCCCCGGCUGGCUCGCGGGGCUGCCGGGCCUCCGCGUGCUGUCCGCCUACGAGAACGCGCUGUCCGGCCCGAUCCCGCCGGGGCUCGGGCUCUCGUCGGAGCUCCAGGUGCUCAACCUCCACUCCAACUCGCUCGAAGGGAGCAUCCCCAGCAGCCUCUUCGAGCGCGGCAACCUGCAGGUCCUCAUCCUCACCCUGAACCGCCUCAACGGCACCAUCCCGGACACCAUCGGCCGGUGCCGCGGCCUCUCCAACGUGCGCAUCGGUGACAACCUCCUCUCCGGCGCCAUCCCGGCGUCCGUCGGGGACGCCGCCAGCCUCACCUACUUCGAGGCCAGCACGAACGACCUGUCCGGCGGGAUCCCCGCGCAGCUCGCGCAGUGCGCCAACUUGACGCUGCUCAACCUGGCGUACAACCGCCUCGCCGGCGAGGUGCCGGAUGUUCUCGGCGAGCUCAGGAGCCUGCAGGAGCUCAUCGUUUCCGGCAAUGGCCUCGGCGGAGAGUUCCCGAGAUCGAUCCUGCGGUGCCGGAACCUCAGCAAGCUGGACCUGAGCUACAACGCUUUCCGUGGCGACUUGCCGGAGAACAUCUGCAACGGGUCACGGCUGCAGUUCCUUGUGCUCGACCACAACGAGUUCUCCGGAGGCAUCCCAGCAGGGAUUGGGGGCUGUACCCGGCUGCUCGAGCUGCAGCUCGGUAGCAACAACCUCAGCGGCGAAAUCCCAGCCGAGAUAGGCAAGGUGAAGAGCCUGCAGAUCGCGCUGAACCUUAGCUCCAACCACUUCACCGGGCCGCUGCCCCGCGAGCUCGGGCGGCUCGAUAAGCUCGUCGUGUUGGACUUGUCGCGCAACGAGAUAUCCGGCCAGAUCCCAGGCGACAUGAGAGGGAUGCUUAGCUUGAUCGAGGUCAAUCUGUCGAACAACCGGCUCGCGGGCGCCAUACCGGUGUUCGGACCGUUCCAGAAGAGCGCGGCCUCCAGCUUCUCCGGCAAUGCCGAGCUGUGCGGCGACCCGCUGACCGUAGACUGUGGAUCAUCAAUCUAUGGCUCCAGCUAUGGAACGGAGACGGACCACAGGGGAAUAUCUUACAGGGUGGCCUUGGCAGUCGUUGGUUCCUGCGUGCUCAUCUUCUCGCUGGUGUCGUUGCUGGUGGCGUUGUUCAUGUGGCGCGAGAGGCAGGAGAAGGAGGAGGAGGAGGCGAAGAAGAAGGCGGCGGAGGUGGCGGUGGCGGCAGCAGCCCCACAGGUGGUGGCCUCGGCCGUGUUCGUCGAGAGCCUGCAGCAGGCCAUCGAUUUCCAGAGCUGCGUGAAGGCGACGUUCAAAGACGAGAACGAGGUGGGCGACGGGACGUUCAGCACCACCUACAGAGCCGUCAUGCCCUCCGGCACGGUGGUGUCGGUGAAGAAGCUCAAGUCCGUGGACCGCGCGGUCGUCCAGCAGCGGACGAAGGUGGUCCGCGAGCUGGAGCGCCUCGCCCACAUCGGCCACGAGAACCUGGUCCGGCCCAUCGGGUACGUCCUCUACGACGACGUCGCGCUGCUGCUGCACCAGCACCUGGCGAACGGCACCCUGCUCCAGCUGCUGCACGACAACGGCGAGAGGCGGAAGGCUGACUGGCCCAGGCUGCUGUCCAUCGCCGUCGACGUCGCCCAGGGGCUGGCGUUCCUCCACCAGGUGGCCACCGUCCACCUCGACGUCUGCUCGGGGAACGUGUUCCUCGACUCGCGCUACAACGCGCUGCUCGGCGAGGUCGAGAUCUCCAGGCUGCUGGACCCGACGAAGGGCACGGCCAGCAUCAGCGCGGUCGCCGGCUCGUUCGGCUACAUUCCUCCAGAGUAUGCGUACACGAUGCGGGUGACGGUGCCGGGCAACGUGUACAGCUUCGGGGUGGUGCUGCUGGAGAUCCUGACGUCGAAGCUGCCCGCCGUGGACGAGGCGUUCGGCGAGGGCGUGGACCUCGUGAAGUGGGUGCACGCGGCGCCGGCGAGGGGCGAGACGCCGGAGCAGAUCAUGGACCCGCGGCUGAGCGCCGUGUCGUUCGCGUGGCGCCGGCAGAUGCUGGCCGUGCUCAGGGUCGCCAUGCUGUGCACGGAGCGCGCCCCCGCGAAGCGGCCCCGGAUGAAGAAGGUGGUGGAAAUGCUGCAGGAGGCCAGGGACAGCUGAGUGGUCUGGUUCCUCUGCUCAAUGAUGUGUGGUUGGCUGCUUGGAACUUGGAACUUGGAAGUCGAGGCGAGAAACUCUGAACUGAUCAUCGUUGGAGUUCGAGUAUGGAGUCCAUCCGGUAGCGUUUGAUUCUCUGUAUAUAUUCGGUAAUUAGUAUCCCGAUCAUGCGCCAUGGAUCACUGGAUGUUCGGUCUUGGAGCAAUGUCUGGAACUCUGGAUGCGUCUUUAGCAAAGCAAUUCGGUGUUCUGCA